AUGCCGCCAACAACGAGCGACCAUAUGGUACCUUCCGAGAAAACGACGCUCUCCCCGCCCACGAAUAUCACUACGCCGCAGCCACCGCAGCCAGUAAUUGGCCGGACCUCUCGCAGCUCUUCACCACCUCCGCCUCUGGAUCGGUACGCUCGCAUCUACGUGCCGGCCUGGCUCAAAGCAGUCAAUGCCGACCUCAACUAUACGUUGGUCCCGCUACAAGAGGCCAGCGCUGCAGAGGAGGGUAAAAUCGACUUUUAUGAGUAUGCGAGGGGCGUUUGGCCAAUGUGGCUGCGGGAAAAGAUGCAGCAGAGGGGUGUAGGUGAGGCAAUUUAUGCCGCGGAAGCAGUCGAUGAUGGUCAAGAGCUGGAGCGUACGGCUGACGCUUGGCUGCCAGCUGGAGGUCCAGGCGAGGAUGACGCUCUGGAAGAAGAGGGACACGUCACUUCUGACGACCUACGGCUGGGAGUCGCAAGCACAAGCAGUGACGAUUUCGACCCUACCAAAGCGCUUCUCUCUGCCCCAGUGUCAACGAGGCCGAAGGGACGCAUCUAUCGACCGGACGACCCAGACUCCCAUCUCCCGCCAGCCCUCUCGGGAAUUGCUGCCUUGCGCGCCCAUUCGUACGCUGAGCACUUCAAUCCCCUGCUCUCAGCCGAAAGCAAGCAUCGGGAGGAAGAGCUAGCAGAUAGCGCCGUGUACUCGCAGCAGCUUCAUGCGUACACAAGGCCACGUCCGGGAGCCCCGUCAACUGCGUGGGAUCAAGAUGGACUGUACAGGCUGGCAUUGCCUGGAAUCAGAGAGGAGAGGCCGAGAUUGGUUGCCGGGGAUCGAGCCUUUUUGAGGCCGUUGGCUACGCAGCUCGAAGGUGAGGCCGAGCAUGGCUGGCUUCAUAUCGUCUUCGAGUGCAGGAUCACUGCGGUCAGGGCUGUGCAGGGAGAGAUUGUCCUCUCGUGCCCCCUUCUCUCCACCUACCUUGCCGCCUACUUCACCAAUGUUGAGGCUGCGCGCUUCAAUGUCAUCUUCGUCUACGAUGGGCGGCUGAUCUCGGAUGCUACCGAUGCAGUGGACACGACAGCGCGGCGGCUACGCUCACGCGCGCAGUGGUGGCGAAAAACGCUAUUUCCCACGCUGGAAGAUGCUCCGUCCACUACCGUUUUCCCGCACGACGCGCUUGCAUGGCGCGACGCCACCCUCAAUCGAGAGCAAAGAGCCGCAGUGAGUGCAAUCGCGAUGGGCGGCCACUGCCUUCCCUUCCUUCUCAGCGGCCCACCCGGCACAGGCAAGACCAAGACCUGUGUAGAGGCCAUCCUGCAACUCGUGUCGCGCGACCCCACCAACCGCAUCCUAGUCGUCGCCCCCUCCAAUGCAGCUUCUGACGUCCUAGCACUGCGGCUGGCGGACCAUCUUUCCCCUGGGCAGCUUCUCAGGCUCAAUGACCCGACGCGCACAUUUGCUGAAGUGCCGCAGCGCCUGUCCCUAUUCUGCUAUGUCGAUGAGAGCAAGAACAUCUACAGCUUGCCGCCCUGGGAGAAACUCAUGGCCGCUCAAGUUGUCGUGACCGCCACGCAUGACGCCGCCCUACUGCUGAAGAGCCGAUCAGCGAGCAACACAGACGUCGGGGACUUACAGCUCAGCCUGCUCCCUGGGUUACUCAAGGUGGAGCACGCUCGCCCUCUACCUCACUGGACGCACCUCAUUGUCGACGAGGCGGCACAAGGCACUGAGCCUGACCUGACACCCGCACUCGCCGUCGUGGCUCCUCACCCUCAGACACAAAGGGAGCUGUGGCCCAGUGUCGUCCUCGUAGGGGACCCGGCACAACUCGGCCCACAAGUGCGCAACAGCGAUGCACGCAACCAAGGACUCGAUGUCUCCCUGCUGGAACGCCUUUCAAGACGAGCUGUGUACUCUCGUUCGCUGGCUCGCCUCAAGAAAGAAGGUCGCGGAAUCGUCCUCGGCGCCGCUCCCUCGUUAACUUCGUCAGCUGCAGCAUCCCACUGCGGCCAUCUGAUCCGCAAUUACCGGGCGCGACAUCCGGCGCUACUUCACCUACCGUCUACGCUAUUCUAUUCCGAUUCUCUGGUACCUUGCUCCCAUCCCACCCCACGGAGCCUCUCAGCGCUACGCUGGUCACGACUAGCCCACAAUUCGGCCCGCUCCUUAGCCGACCAGCUUCCUUUGCUCUUCGUGGAUGUCAAGGGGCACGAUGAGUGGGUAGACGAGGGGGUGAGCUGGUGGAAUGAGGACGAAGCCCGUAUUGUGGGAGAGUGCUGCCAAAGCCUCGUUGGUGACGGGGUGGUGAAGGCCGAGGAGAUCGCCGUCAUCACACCCUUCAGAGAGCAGGUCUGGCGUGUGCGCCUCUUGCUGCGCCGGAUGGGAUUGGGUGGGGUGAGCGUAGGCCCUGUUGAGGCGCUGCAGGGCCAGGAGGCGCCCUUGGUCAUUAUCAGCCCCGUGCGAUCCCGUCCGCGCUUCCUGGCAAGGGAUAGAGAGCACGCGCAGGGGAUUGUGGGUGAGAGCAAGAGACUCAACGUUUCGUUGACGAGGGCUAGGGAGCUUUGCAUUGUAGUGGGCAAUGCGCAGACACUGGAGGAGGGGUGUGAUGAGUGGCGGGAGCUACUGAGACACGCGAGGAGAAACGGAUGGUACGCGGGUGAGAAGGGGGAGUCUGAUGGAGAGAAGAAGGAUGGAGACACGCUCGGUCAGCUCGUGUCUGCCCUGGAGUCGGCGGAGAUGGGUGGUCACGGUUGGUGGAGGAGAAUGUUGGAGGAAGGCGGCGAUACACUUAUAUCGAAUGGCGACCGACGGCCACCCGCAGCAGUAGAGGACGGUAUCGGCCUGCUUGCGGGACGGAUGGCGACCGUGCCGCUGCAAGAUGAUGGCAGCGACCACGGUGGCGACGGCAGCGAGGACGGAGACGGCCGAUCAUGA